AUGUCUGACGUUGAAGAAGUUCAAGAAAUCCAAGAAAUUGAAGAAGUCCAAGAAGUUGCCGUUGAAUCUCAAGCUAUCACUAUUGAGGAUGCUUUGAAGGUUGUUUUGAGAACUGCUUUGGUUCACGAUGGUUUGGCCAGAGGUUUGAGAGAAUCUGCCAAGGCUUUGACUAGAGGUGAAGCUCAAUUGGUUGUUUUGGUUGACUCUGUUACCGAAGAACAAAUCACCAAAUUGGUUGAAGGUUUGGCUAAUGACCCAGAACACCCAGUUCCAGUUGUUAAGGUUGCUGAUGCUAAGCAAUUGGGUGAAUGGGCCGGUUUAGGUAAGAUUGACCGUGAAGGUAACGCCAGAAAGGUUGUUGGUGCUUCAGUUGUUGUUGUCAAGAGCUGGGGUGCUGAUACUGAAGAAAGACAAAUUGUUUUGGAACAUUUCUCCCAACAAUAG